CUCAAUCCUCUGUCUCGAAUCAAAUCAACCUAAUUCAACAAUGUCUUCUUCCAAUCCGCCGUUCAAAUCCAGACCAGAAUCCAAAUACACAAAGGCCAAGAGAGCCCUCCGAUCCCUCGCCGUCUCCGUCGCCAUUCCUCUUUCCCUCACAAUCGCCGUCAUCUUCCUUUUCGGCCGCUCCGCUCGCCAUUUCCCCAACCGGAACCGUCCGAUUUGGAUAGGGCCGCUCUGGCUUCUACAUCUCUCCUCAAUUGGCUCCUCCUUUCUAAUCGGCCUCGCCGCUUGGCUGGUCUGGGCGGACGGUGGUUUCCACGGCGGUUCUAAUGCUCUUCCGCUCUACAUCGCGCAUCUUUCUCUUAGCGUCGUUUGGAAUCCUCUGGUGCUUGUGAUUCGCUCUGUUGUGCUUGCGUUUCUGUUCUGCGUUUUGGAUUUUGUGACUCUGUUUGCUUGUUAUCGGACCUUCAAGCGAGUCAAUCCCUUCGCUAAGGAUCUGAUUAAACCUUGUCUGGCUUGGACUGCGUAUCUCUCUGCUGUUACUUACGUGUUCAUUGAUCUUUGA